UCUGACGUGCGGCUUGACGUAGCCUCGCCACCUCCACUGGGAAGCGGGUCUAUCAUCGACGUAACCAUAAGGUCUGAAGAAUUGCGAUUCAGGGUGCGCACUGGCAUGGAUGCUGCCACCAGCAACAGCACCAACAACAAUAACAGCAGCAACGCCAUCACUGCCACUAGUAUUGCAGCAGUGCCGCCCAACACCGUGUUUGUGUCGAUGCCACAGCACGGUGCAAUCAUCCCUGCCGGCUCCAAAGCGGCUCAGAGCGUGAUCCAGCAGAACCAAGCGAGUGUGAUCCAGAGCACCGCCCUUCAGACCGUGCAAGUUGGCAAGGGUGGCGUGCUGCUGUUCAAAGGUUCUCCGAACUCCGUCAUACAGUCGGCUUCAGGGCAGCACAGCUUGCAGGAAGUCCACGUUGUUAGCGCUGAGAGCGGAGACGACCUCGACACGGGACGUAAACAACAGAGACAAAUACUCGUCAGAAGACCUUCAUAUCGAAAAAUCCUCAACGACCUCGGCGGAACUGAACUAUCUGACCGAAACGAAGGCGGUGGCGGUGUGGGAUCAUCAGGCGGAGACGGGUGUCACGAGAGCAGCCUGCCGACCACCACGCUUACUAUCGGGGGACAGGAGUACUCCACCGCCAGCCUCUUGAAAGUCAUUCCAGCGAGCAGCCUACAGCUGGCGACCAGCGGUGCGGACGCCCUGCAGACGCUGGCGAUGAGUAGCGCCUCAUCACAAGGCACGAUCGUGCAGUACACGGGCUCUGACACUCAAUUUAUUGUUCCAGUUGGUGGCGGUACGUUGAGCGGGCUUAAGUUUAGCGACGGCAGUGGCCUGACUCAAGGAGUUGUUUUGGCCGCCGCAGCUGCCGCCCCGACCACCACUUCUAAUUCUCUUCACGGUACCGACGCAAUGGGCGAGGAGGCUAAUAGGAAAAGAGAAGUUAGACUAAUGAAGAACAGAGAAGCAGCCCGAGAAUGUAGAGCUAAGAAAAAGGAAUAUAUAAAGUGCCUGGAGAAUCGCGUUGCUGUGUUAGAGAACCAGAAUAAGGCAUUGAUAGAAGAACUCAAGACCUUGAAAGCUUUGUAUUGCCAGAGCAGCUGAGUGUUGCCUCAGUGGCUUGGGGCGCUGAAGUUUCAGCGUCUCGAGACUUCGUUGUGUGCUGCUCAAUGUUUUCUAACAUACUUUCAUCGCCUGAAAGUUAAUUUUCGUUGCCUGGUUAUGCUUCGAACGACACGUAAUGACUUCCUUACAAGAAUGCUUCAGUUAAUUGCCAUAACAUUUUUCCAAUAACAACCUAACUUUCACCAGAAGUUGCAUUUGACAAUGAGUUGAUUUUGUUAGAACAAUAUUCAAUCAACUUCAUUUCAACGCCAAUUGAAUUCUGGUUGGAAAUUUUCAUGUGAUUUUUAGUGAUAUUGGUUUUUGAGCUCAAUUAGAUAUUCCUUUAGUGACUCCCAAAAACCCUCGGAAAUUUUCAUAUUCCGCUGAUGUGAAAUCUUGUUGAGAAAUUUCAAUUCGCUCAGGUUUUCUGAUGGAAAUUUAAUAUCAUUAUAAACCUAAUGAUAAUUUCUUGAUGUUUAUUUCGUGUUGAUUAAAUUCAUGGUUGAGCUUUAUUUUAGUUUUAGUGAACACUAAACCUGAAGGUACAAUGCUCCUAUACGACUAAGGUGCGCUCUUAUGAGAAUUGAUUAGUAAGGACUGAGAAUUUAAUUUGAAGUUUAUGCUUCAUAAACAUACAUUUACUCUCAAAACAAUAGUGAUGAUCAUUGGAUUGGAUAAUAGUUUUCAGCCAGCAAUUGUCUGUCAAUGUAGAGUUUCUUGAAAGAUAAAUUGUUUUCGAUUUACAUUUUUAAUUAGUCUCGUUCUUUGUUUGAUUGUUGUUGGAUGAAAUACUCGGUAGUUGCAUGGCGAUGCUGUUCGUUCAUUGUUGAUUGUUUCCACUUUAAAAGCAUUUGAUAAUUUAUGAAUUUCCCUUACACGUCAGUACCAAGGCUGGUCUGCUAUGGUAGUGAUUAUAUUCGUGUUAUUAUUUUUGUUGUUCCGGUUGAGUUUAGAAGUCAUCUUGAGAGACCCUCGGUCUCAAAGUAACUUGACAUUGUAAGUAGAUGGUGCCAUUAUUCUUUAUCGCUCCUAGUAUUGUGCUAUGAGAUAAUUGCGAAAAACUUUUUGCCCCAUCUUUCCUUGCAAAAUUUUACAUGUAAAAUUUGAAUCUUGAACAUCAAUUUCGUUUGAUUUGGCGAUCGGAAAUAAAACUAAUUAUCCAGUUCGAGUUCAAGUUUAUUUCGUUAUGAGUUCAGAAAUAGAGCUGUACUUAAAACAGUUCCUUUGACUUUAUUGUACAUUUAAAUCGUUGUUAUUGUUACCAUUUAUUAUCUUAUGUACAGGCUACAUAAAAUAACCGUUUUUCAGUAUUGCAUGAAAUCACAUAAGCGGAAGCAUGUACAGGCUACAUAAAAUAACCGUUUUUCAGUAUUUCAUGAAAUCACAUAAGCGGAAGCUGUGUUGUUCGCUGUUGCAAUUAUGUGCUGAGUGACCAAGUUAUCAGUUAAUUGUGUUUGCCAGUUUGUCUUAAUUUGGGUGGCUAUUUUUAUUCAUGUCGUUAGCAAUUUUUGUCACCUUGUCGCAUGUUAAAAUACGUUCGUCAAAACACCUCGAAAUAGAAUGCCGAUUGAUUAUUCACUUUUUCUAAGAUCACACAGAAACAAGAAUGGGAUUUGCCUAUAAACAAAUUUCGCUUUACCUAAUGCGGUGAAAUUCGAACACUUUGGUGAUUUCUUUCCGAGUUGCCGCUUCUGUUGCUCAUCAUGUAUAUAUACCUAGUUUGCUCCUAACUUCCUGGCGUUACUUUUGGGGUUCAGCUUAUUUUCUCGUGGAAUAGCUCAUCUCGCAAAAAAUUUUGCAUUCUGUACUCUUUCUUCAUAGCCCUAGCUUCCUGAAAGAUGGUCAAGAAAUUGAGUCUCUCGAUAUCACGGCAGCAUAAGUCUUGCCGAGUCAUAUAAACUGUUAUAUUUUCUCCACCUCUGUAACUUUAAUUUCAUUGUGAGCAGUAGGAAAUCUUUCAACUCAUCAAUCCGGUACCAUGCGAAACUUCGCUUAGUUUGUAUAUUUUUGUGGAUAUUUGUAUCAUUUUAAUCCUGCGUGAUUGCACGAAUGUCUGCAUCUGGAUAAAAUGGCUGUGGUUAUGAACGUGUUCAUUGGCAUUCAAUGUGGAAAUUCUUUGUGCCAGGCGUUCCAGUGUCUAUAUUGUGUACCUGGAACAUUUCUUGUCUAUGUCACGUCGUGGUCAUUCAGUAGUUCUUAACUGUUACAAAACGGAACUGUUUAGUUUGAAUAAUUUCUUCUAAACUAUAGCGCAGUGCGGCAGAAUGUUUACGUUCUAGUAAAGAUUCCAGCUGUUCUGCCACAAACCCACUCUGCGUGAAGUCCAAUUCAAGUGCCUGUUGGGAAUUGGUUUUUAACAAAGCGAGGUGUCUCGUGUUCCUGUAAAGCCUUACUUCCCUUCAUGGGUCAGCACGUAUUUCAUUAAGGUUGUCACUGUAAAUAUCACAUUUCAACAAACAAUUGUGUUACGAUUAGUAAGAGCAUGUAUUUUUUAUGAAUAAACUAUUACGGUCUCGUU